AUUUCUUCCUUUUCCUUUGUAUUAUGGUGGUGGUUAUGAUUCUCAGAUCUUGAAUUUCUCCUCAUCUCACUCUCCGAUCAUCCCGGUUUAUGCCAACUGUCUCCCUCAGUAUUUAUUAUUACCUUGAGUUGAUGAUUAUACUUAUUCUUCUUUGGAUUGUAUAUAUCUAUCCCAUGAUAUAUUCUUCUCUUGAAUAAUAAUACUCGGAUCCAUACCGGCUCUUCUACCAAAAUGCAUCAUCCACUCCAGCGAAUCCACAGUCCCUCCCGAACUUUCUCAGCGUUUGUCCACGCUUCGGGUUUGGCCAGCUUUCUGUGGUCUUUCAAAUAUAUGCACGAAAACCCCAAUCAUGCCAAUGAAGCAUACGGGUGGCACUUCCAGUAUCUCACGGUGAUUGGCCUCUCCCUGGCCACCGUUACCUUUGCGGUUGGUCUGUUGGCCGAUCUAACCCUCUCCCCGCGCCUUUUCCUCACCAAGAACCUGUUAUCGGUCUGCAGUGCCCCCCUCGAAGUUCUCAUUAGCCUUUUGUACUGGGGCCUUCGUUUGAUCGAUGAGCGUUUGGUCGUUCCUGAAUGGGCGGUGAUUCCUCUUCACGCUGACAUUAGCUUCCACGCUAUCCCGUCCAUCGUCCUUCUCCUUGAUCUUCUCGUCCUUUCCCCUCCCUGGACCAUCACCAUCGGUCCGGCUCUCGGGCUGUCGAGUCUCAUCGCGUUCGGCUACUGGUUUUGGGUUGAGCACUGUUUCUCCCAUAACGGAUGGUAUCCCUAUCCGAUCUUUGAACAGCUUCCCUUCCAUGGCCGCGUCGGACUCUUCAUCAUGAGCGCAGUCGUCAUGGCCCUAAGCACUGCGACGCUCAAGUGGCUCUAUGGCCGUGUCAAUGGGUUUGGGACUGUGGCUAAACCAACAGCUCGGCCUGGCGAUGUCACUGCUAACGGAUGGUCGUAAAGCUGUCUCGUGGUUCAGCUGGGAUUUGCAAGUGCGGAGUAGACAGUAGUCAUACAAGUACAGAAGUAGAUGAUAAAGCGCGGGUCCAGAGCGAUGAUAGAUGAUGGAUGGAUAAGAAAGGAUAAUAGUUCAAUAGGCUACUUAUUUUGGUAUGUUGAAUUUUAUACAACAAUAAAU